AUGAUGGUGGAAACUGAUAGGGAAUUUGGAAUACUAAGGAUCACUGAGAUUCAAGUGACAUUGAUUGGUUCCAUGGUACAUCAGACUCCUUCCAGUUUUAAAAAACAUAGCCAGAAUGAAGAGAUGAAAUCCAAGUUGUCUGAUGCCAUGGAGGCCGUUCAAAGUGAAGAAAGUAGCUUAACAUGGGAGACCAAUUCAAGCAGAUGUUCCACAUCCCAUGCCUCAGAAGCCAGCAUUACAUCUGGGGUAUACAGUAUGGAAAACUCAUAUCCAGAUUGUUCUCCGGGGAAAGUUACUUUCCUGAAGGAAGAGAGAAAGACUACGCAGGAAAAACCGAGCAAUUCGACCCAUCAGACGUUAAAUGAGACAACCGAACCAGACAGCCAAGAAUGUGAUUUUUGUCAGACGCCAGUGCUGAAAAAAGCUGAAGAAAGUGAGUUCGAUCCAUCUGAUCCACAAUCAUGGCCCUCUCAAGUACAACCUUCUAAGAUUAAAGACUAUUUGGUUCAAAUAACACAGGAAGUGACCUCUGGGCCAGAGGAGAAAGAAAAUACUUUGAUGAGAAAGGGGGAGCUGCCUAUCAAGGGAACAGUAAGAGCCAGGAUUCUUCAAAUCACUGCUGUAUUGGAAGAAAGGCAUAAAAAGGUUUUCCGAAGGAUAAACAAUAAAGAUAUGCCUCCCCCCUCAGAGGUGAUCAGGAAGCCCAGAGAACCACCCAAAGUUUUCUCCAGACGAGGCAUAUCUGUAUCUUUACGGCACAUUGAACCUAACGCCACAGAGAAGAAUAACAAGAAGGAAGUUCUGAGUUAUAAUCUCAGACACGUAGAGACAAAAAGUUCAAAGUCUGCACUUUACAGUAAAGAGGAGAGGAAACCACAGCAUUUGUUUCUCCCUAAAACACAACAGAAGCCUUUAGAAAAGACACCAAAAAUUUCAACACAUCUUGAUGACAAAGCAAAGAGGCAAGACGUCAAACAGUAUUCACCUGCAAUUCAUCCCUCCCUUCAAGAACUGAUUCAACCAGCUGAGUCUGACAAAAUGGAAGAAAAGGAAAAACGGUCUGUUUCUCCAGAUAGUUCAAAUACCGCACUGGAAAAAUCAUUCAACUUUGUUGGUGAAAAAAAGGAAGUUCAGGAUCAUACACCAAUGAUCUUCGAAGAUUCUGAUUUAUUAAAAGAAGUGAGGUCACGAUCAGAGAAUCAAGUAACUCAGCCUUGUUCCCCAGUUCCUGUUGAACCGCUUCCUUAUGUUGAAUCAGAAAUAGAAAAUCAAUCUGACUCAUUUAGAACAUUGUUGUCAGAAACUUCGAUUCAACAGGUACAGCACCAUCAUAAUAUUGCAGCUACUCCCUGUGAACCUGAAAGUUGUAACUUCACUGAUGUUAGAACUCAAUCUAUGGAAUCUACAAUUCCUUCAAGACUGGAGAUCAAAGAUGCAUCCUUAGUGCAGUCUGUUGAAGAAGCAGAGAAGCAUUCAACUGAAAUCGCAGACGCUAACCCUGAAAUGGCAAAAUUACCAUCGCUUGUUAGAAAAAAAGAAAAGCAAGAGAAAGAACAAUUAUCAAAGAAAUCUUCAGACGAAGAAAUGAUGCCGAAGCAAUGUACUGUGCUUUUACAAACAAAAUCAGACCAGCUACCCUUGUCUUUGGUUCAGGAACCAGAAACUCAAGAAACUGAAUCUGCAUCAGAAUUACUAGUUAUGAAUGCUGAACCUGAAGUGAUUGAUUUCGCUGAAAUUAGAAAUCAAACUAUGGACUCCACAAUUCCUUCAGGAAUGGAAGUCAGUGGUACAUCCUUGGAGUUUUCAGUUGAAGAAGCAGACAAACAAGAGGUUCCUCUUGAUUCAACUGGAACCAAAGACACCAUCCUUGAGAAGGCAAGAUUACCAUCUUCUAUUAAAGAAGAAAAAAAGCAAGAAGAGGAACAGCUGGCAGAGCAAUAUUCAGAAAAAGAGCAGUUAGAGGAUAAAGCAACUAUACCUUUUGAAACAAAGUUAAAUCAGCCACCCUUGUUUGGGUAUUUGGACCACAAGUCUGAAGCUCACGAAACUGAACUUGCAACUCAUUUAGCAGCAAGGCAUGGUGAAUCUGUAACAUCUGAUUUUGCUGAAGUUAGAAAUCAAGCUAUGGACUCUGCAAUUCCUUCAGAAAUGGAAGUCAGUGGUACAUCCUUGGAGUUUUCAGUUGAAGAAGCAGACAAACAAGAGGUUCCUCUUGAUUCAACUGGAACCAAAGACACCAUCCUUGAGAAGGCAAGAUUACCAUCUUCCGUUAAAGAAGGAGAAAAGCAAGAAGAACUUUUGGCAGAGCAAUAUUCAGAAAAAGAGCAGUUAGAGGAUAAAGCAACUAUACCUUUUGAAACAAAGUUAAAUCAGCCACCCUUGUUUGGGUAUUUGGACCACAAGUCUGAAGCUCACGAAACUGAACUUGCAACUCAUUUAGCAGCAAGGCAUGGUGAAUCUGUAACAUCUGAUUUUGCUGAAGUUAGAAAUCAAGCUAUGGACUCUGCAAUUCCUUCAGAAAUGGAAGUCAGUGGUAGACCCUUUGAGCAUUCAGUUAAAGAAGCAGACAAUGAAGCAACUACUCUUUAUUCAACUGAAACAAAAGACGAAAAAGCAAGGUUACCAUCUUCUGUUAAAGAAAGAGAAAAGCAAGAAGAAGAAGAACAUCCGGCAGAGCAAUGUUCAGAAGAAGAAAGGUUACAGGACAAAUUAACUGCACCUUUUGAAACAAAGCCAGGCCAACUACUUUUGCUUGGUUGUCAAGACCAUAACGCUGAAGAUCAUGCAACUGAACCUGUAUCUGAUUUAGCAGCUGUAGGUGAGGAGCCUGAAGUGUCAGAAAUACUUGACAUUAGAAAUCAAGCUAUGGAAUUCAACAUUUCUUCACAAAUGGAAGUGGAAGAUGAGCCCUUGGAGCCUUCUGCUGGAGAAGCUGAGAAGCAAGAAGUUCCUCCUUAUUCAACUAAAACCAAACAUGCCGUCUCUGAGAAGGCAAGAUUACCAUCUUCUGUUAAAGAAGGAGAAAAUCAAGAAGAACAUUUGACGGCACAAUAUUCAGGAAAAGAGCAGUUACAGGAUAAAGCAACUACACCUUUUGAAACAAAGUUAAAUCAGCUACCCUUGUUUGGUUGUUUGGACCACAAGUCUGAAGCUCACGAAACUGAACCUGCAACUCAUUUAGCAGCCCCUGAAGUGUCUGACUUUGCUGAAAUUAGAAAUCAAACUAUGGAAUCCACAAUUCCGCUUCAAAUGGAAAUAACAGAACAGCUACCUGUGUUUGAGUGUUUGGAACACACAUCCAAAGUUCAUGAAUCUGAACCCAUAUUUGAUGGUGAAUCUGACGUGUGUGAUUUAGCUGAAAUUAGAAAUCAGACUAUGGAAUCUGCAAUUCCUUCAGAAAUGGAAGUCAGUGCUACACCCUUGGAGCAUUCUGUUGGAGAAACAAAACAGCCCGCAGUCCCUCUUUAUUUACCUGAAACCAAAGAGGCAAUCCCUGAAAAGGCAAGAUUUUCAUAUCCUGUUAGAGAAGGAGGAGAGCAAGAAAUAGAACAGUUGUCAGACAAAACAAAGGUGGAGGAUCAAUUCACUCUGCUUUCCCAAAGAAAGUCAGGCUACCUUCCCUUGGUCCACAAAUCAGACGGUGAAGAAACUGAACUUGAACCUGAUCUAGCUUCCAGAACACAGGAAAUCCAUAACACUGUGGAAGAACCCAUCGGACUUUCAGAGUCUUCUUAUACUACGGCUAAAGAAGAAGCUGCAGAAGAGGAAAAAUUGAAAUCAGACUUGCCAAGACAAGCUGCUCAGACUCAGCCAUCUCUAACCACUGUCUCAGAAGGAAAACAUGUAAGAGACAAAACAGAGACUCUGCUUGCCUCAACAGAAUCUUUGGGUCCAGAUUCCACACUCUCAGUUACAAAUGCACAGGAGGAAAAGGCUCAACAACACUCUACAGCACCAGCACAGUCAGAACCAGAACAUUUUGUGAUCUCCAAAUCCAUAAAGGCACCUCAUGAACCUGAAGAGAUAUUACUUUUCAGUGACAAAGUUACUGAGCCAGUCAGCUCAUCAGAACAGUUGCUAUCUACUCCAUCUUUUCUUAUUGCCAGUGUGGAAAUGCAUGGGACAGAGCCACCCUCACUAAAGGGUACUGCACCAUUGUUUGAACAGCCAGAUUCUAAUAUACCCUGCCUGCCUCAGCAAAUGAAAAAACAAAGCAAUUGGUCUGAUUCUACUGAAUUAACUUCUGGAAUAGCAGAAGUUUCAUUUUCUACUGGGUCUUUCCAAAAUGCUGAAACAACAAAGGAAGAAAAUCUAUCCUUGUCAUCCACAGAGGGCCUAGCAAAAGAAUUAGCAUCUAACUCCAGGGAGACCGAAAUUGACAUAGGUACAAAAACAGGGCAACUUUCCCCCACUGUAUCUGUACAACACCCAGGUGAAGCACCUGUCCAAAUGCAAGAAUUGAAUUCAGAAAAUCAGCUGCACCCCACUAUAAAUGCACAGUCAGAUGUUGAAAAACAAGCUAAACCCUCUUGUGAAACAAGUGAAGAUCAACCGAAGCAACCAUUGGAAUCUGAAUCAAGGGAGCAUUUUAUACAGCAGAAUUCUACUGUUUCAUCCCUGUUGGAAGGAACAACUGCUUUGCAUUCUGUCAAUGAAAUGCAUAAGGAAAUUAUGCAACCUGAUAAACCUAUCAUCAAGCCGUUGCAACUUGAUUCAUUAUAUCCUGGUUUUGAGCCACCACAGACAGAUGAUGUUCAGCAGCAAACUCUUUGGCAUUUAUCACAAACACUCUUACCCGUAGAAGUGGAUACAAUGCAAUUAGGAGAAAAAAAGGAGAUCAAUGGGACCCAGCCUCCUUUGCCCCAAACUAGGCAGGCUUUAUCUCAGUCAGUUUAUUUAACAGAUGUGCAAGAAAAUCAAGGUAUUUCAGGAACUGCAGCCAAAGAUCCUGAAUUUUUAAGCAUGCAACUCAAUAAAGCUGAUACAGAGCAUUAUGGCACUGUUGAUCCAGAAUCAAAGCACCUGGCAAAACAUCCUGUUGAACUUAUAACUGCACAAUCGGAGACUCCUUCCACAACUGAGAUGCCUGAACUGGGAAAACAUUUAGAUGCAUCCAUUCCCAUUUCAAGCGCAGAAGGAGAAGGCCUUCAAAUGCCUGUAUCUGUGACAGCAGACUCAGAAGAUGAACAGCCAAUAUCAUCUAAAAACGAUAGGGAAGAAAUGGAAUGCAGUGCACCCAUAAUUCCAACAUCUAAAUUAAAAGGUUCUGCUUCAGAAACGCAGGGAAAUCAAAAUGAUUUGUCUAAGACAUUAAAUGAGGCAUCUGAAUCACCACCAUUAAUUUUAUCAUUUGUCCCUGAUAAAAUAAAGCCUCAGGCAAUACUUACCAAGUCAGUAGUAAGUUCACUACCAGCUUCACAGCAAUCCACUGCUGUUUCUUCAGAACUUAUGGACCAAAUUGAAAUAGGAAAAAAUAAUUUCUCUGUCCCCGAGUUUCAAGAUUUACCGCUCCUCACAACUUCCUCUGUAGAGGAGGUCAGCAAAGAACCACUGCAUUCAUCCAUGGCCACAAAAACUGUGUCUGAGGAAUCCAGAUCCCUUCUAGAUGAUGCUACAUCUGAAGAAAUAAGUGAACAGCCUCCUGUUUCGGCAGCACGGUCUGCAGAAUAUGUUUUUGUUGAACCUAUUUCAUCUUGUUCUGUUCCUGAAAAAGAGAAACAAGUGCAGCCUCAUUCAGCUUUCAACAAAGAACCAAUGGAUGCGGUUGUUAGGAAAUCAAAUGUGGAAGAAACUCAAUUUCAUUUGCUUGUUACUCAACAUUCUGAAACCGAGAGCCAGGAUAGCAAGCUAUAUAGCCCUGUGGUAUUGCAAUCAGAGCUGGAAGGUCUCACUUCAUUGAAUUCCACUGAAGAAAAACCCAAGCAAGAAACUGCUUUAUAUUCACCUCCCAUUUUGCCUCAAGGAAUAUUAUAUUGCCAUGAAGAAAAAGAAGACCAAAAACGAAGAACUUCUGAGACCGAAUGCUCAAAAGACCAGGAUGCACCAUUGAAAGAUGACAAUUUGUUGCAACCAGUUAAAGAAUCACAGCUGGAAGAAAUUCAGCUUUACUGUUCUGCAACUCUUGAAGAUUCAUCCCAAUUGGCUGAUAUGAAACCCCAAGAACAAGAGGAUUAUCUGCCUAAAACUGAAGAGAUAGAUUCUGGUGUUUCUGUAUUAUCACAGUUAAUGGAUGAUGCCAAAAAACAAGAAAUGCAGAUAACGCGGUCUGAAGCCACCCAAAUAGAAGGUAAACCAUUUGUUUUGUUAGAAAAUGAAAUGAAACUUGAUCUGCAUCCACCAUUCACUGCAUCUCUGGAUACUAAACAGUUAGAUUUUUCUUAUUCAAAACAACCAGAACUUUAUUCAUUUGAGGAACAAAAUCAGACUUCUGAACAAGAGCCACACAUUUCAUCUCUUUUCACUAAGAAAGUGAAAGAGCCAGAAGAGAAUUUGUAUCCUUCUUUAGUCUCAACAUCUUUAUUGAGCCCAUCCAACUCUGCUACAUUGGACCCUGAAAAGAAACAAGAAACUCAGACUUGUACAACUGAAAUAACAAAGGAGAUGCCAGAAGAACCCAUGUCCAUUGCUGCUUUCCUUCUUUCUGAGGCAAAGACAAUAGAAACCUUUUCCCCACAGAUCUCAGAAAAAGAGAAUUUAGAAACUCAAGCUCCUUUUGGGGAUGCUGACUCAAUAAAUGGUUCAACUGCCCUUUCUGAUAAAAAUGCAGUGGCAGAGAGGAACACUGAGUUUUCUCCAAGACAUUUUGAAUCAGAACCCCAGGUAGACAGAGUCAUUAGUAGUACAGAACAUCUUUCAAAAGCAGAAGAAACAAAACAGUUGCCUACCAUGGAGGAUACUUUGAAAGUGCCAGAAAACUCUUUGAGUAAAGAGAAGGAAUUCAAAGAUCAACAGAAAUUCAGAGAAGAAGCCUUACCAGCUCCUAAUCUUGAUCAAAGAAAAGACAUAGUUAAUAUUUCUGAAAGUGGUGAAGUUGUGAAAACUAAUGUUCCUCUCAUUUCUUCUGUUGAUAGAAAAAAGCUUAUACCAGAGGCAGUAGAAACCAUUUCAUUGUUGGAAACAAAAGCAUGUAAUGAUACUAGAGAUGUGGUUGUUGAUAAGGAACCUUCAGUCUACAAACCAAAUAAACAAUAUACAGUGGAGUUAAAGGUAGAUCACCAUGAAACGACAGAAAAUGAAUCAAAGGAAAUUGAAAAAGGGAAGAGUAUUAAGGAAAGCAGAGAAAUGGAAGAGGUUUCUGUUAUUCCAGGGAGCAAGGAUGAUAAUGUUUUUAAUAAUGCCAAUAUUGAUUAUGUCAGAAAGGAUACUUUGAUUGAAAAUACAUCCUUCACCCAAAUAGAAAAAGAAAAGUCUAUUCAGGACACAGAGAGGCCAUUUGAUGAUAUAGAUAAACAAUAUGUGGAAGUGGCAUAUCCAGCAGCAAAAUCAAAAAAUAUUGUGGAGCUGUCUUUAUUAGAAAGACAAUUAAAUAAAGCCCCUAAUGGAUUGAUAGAAAAACAAAAUGCAACAGCUACCCAUCAAGACAUUUCAAAAACAGCAAAUGAAAAUAAAACGAUUGAAGCUGUUAGGGAUGAUGAUAAAAGCAGAGAGCAUGAAUUGAACUUAGCAAACAUUAAUGCAGUUUUAUUUAAUACUGAGAAAGAUGAGUUGUCUCAGACUCCAGCUGCUUCCUUGCCAAUAACUGUAAUAGAAUCUGAGGUUCUAGAGAUGCCACCUGCCUUGGCAUUUUUAUGUAAAGAUUUCUAUGAAGAAGAAGCAGGUGAUUCUGAAAAAGAUAACCACAAAUGUAAAGAAGUUAAGGAUAUUGAUCUGUCUUUUCAUAUCAGAGAUCAUAUUCCAGAUGAUGGGAUUGAAACACAUCUGGAGAAAGAAAUUCCUAGAGAUUACACUCCAAAUAAUGUGGAAGAAUCCAAGAAUGAAGACAUUUUAAAUGGUCAAUCUUUUAAAGAGGAAACUGUAACCCAACCAAAAGUCGCAGAAGAUACUUAUGAACCAAAUGGAAAAAAGAAUGAAUCUGCAGAUAUGCAACCUGGUCUAUCUGCCCAAGUGGAGGAAUGUGUGAGUGAUACACUUACAAAUGGGGUAACUGAGGUUGUGAGUGACAUAAAAAUUAGGAUUUGUCAGGAAACACAUGCAAUUCCUUUCGGAAGAGAGUUCUAUAGCUCAGGAGCCAGCAAUGAUGACAGUAGUCAGAGAAGAGAAGAAGAAUCCUUAUCUGAUGACACAGGCCAGCAGGUACCAGAAGAAACAAGUGAUGAAGAGUGCAGUCCAAUACUUGAUUAUGCAGCAACUCUAUAUCAAACUGAAUCAGCUGGGCAAGAUGGAUCAAGUAAUGAUGCUGGAUAUGCAAUCAUCCAAAACCAACAGUCUGAAAUAAAAGAAGUUCAUGGAAUGGAUGAAGGUGAACUUGUAAAGAUUGCAGGAAAAAAUGCACAGUCUCUUGAAGGAUUAGGCCAGGCUGAGAGGCAAGAGGAAAGACAAUUAGAAGAUACAUAUGUUUUAGUUGAGCCCCCAAUGCAAGAUACAAAGGUUUUAGAUCACAAAGAUCUUCCAUGUUUGGACACUGAAGUGCAAAAACUGGAGAGCGGAAUUGGAGAAAAUAGUGCCCAGCAUCUAAUGCAGUAUGACACACCAGACCAGUUAGCAGCAGGGGUAAAAUCUGAUAAACAAAUUGGGGAAGUUGACUAUUCUCUUUUGUCACAUGAUUUUGACACCUACCCAUUAUACUCAAUAAAAGAGGAAGAGGACAGUGACAUUGACGAGGAUCUAGCAGAGCUCUUAAACUACGAAGUGAUUACCCAUGAUGAUGUCUUUCAGGAGGAAAUCUCUUCAGAAAUAGCUCAUGAAGAAUUGCUUUUUGAUGAUAAAGAUUCCCUAGAUGGCAUUAGUGAUACUUACGAAUUUGUGAAUGAAGGAGAGGCAAAAAUGUAUGCUGAAGAAAAGACGACUGAAUCGCUUGAUCUUGAAAUGCUACAAAGAAAAGUACCAGAAUAUGAAUUUCUACAGAAAGAAGUUGAUCAAGCCCAUUUGGAUACCUACUGCUACCAGUGCAAAUGUCCCAUCUCCUCUGAGGAUAAGCUUUUUGAGGAGCAUAAAGACCAUAAAGUAGCUGACUUGGGUACAGCUGUGACUGUGUUAAAGGGCCAGUUGAAUGGAUUCUUAGAUGUUUUGCAACAAAGAUCUUUGAAAAUUGAAGGAUGUGUCAGUGAAAUAGAAGCUUUGUUUAACACUCUAGAGGACAACUGUAAGGAAAAGGAGAAGUUAUUAGAAGAGCAAAAUGAAAAUGUGGUAAAGAUGGUAUUUGGUCACCAUGAGAGAAAGUCACAGAAUUUUGAAGAAGCAAAGAACACAAAAAUGGAAUAUCUUUAUGAACAGAUGGUUAUUUUUCAAGACUAUAUCGAUACAGCAAAGGAGACACUAGAAAUGAUAAUAAAGGAAACUGAGGAAAUUGAUGAUUUUGAUUUCCUAAAGUCAUCUGAAGAAAUAAAUAAAAGGUUACUUUCCACUGUGGAAAAUAUUGUGACUUUGGAAAAGAUGCCUGCUGCUUUCUCACAGUUUGAACCAUGUGCGGGUGGCUUUACAAAUAACGACAGGACUUUACAACUCAUGCCUGUGCCACAUACUCCAAAAUUACAGCCUCAGGAUCCAAACUCAGCUACAAGCACUUCGAUUGCUGUCUAUUGGACUCUGAAUGAAGACAAUUUCGCAGAUUUCUUCCAGGUUUAUUGUAUGGAGGAAUCCCCAGGAAGCAAAGAUCAAAGUGGCUUUGUUGAAGAAUAUCGUGUCAUUGUGAAAGAGAGCAACUGCAUUUUGGAGGAUCUGGAACCUGGUCACUGCUAUAGCGUAUGGGUCAUGGCCGUAAAUUAUGCAGGAUGUAGUUUUCCCAGUGACAAAUCCAUAUUUAGAACUGUUUUUAUUGCUUUUGGUGAAAUCCUGGCAAGAAAAAAACUAGAGCUUUCAAAAUGGAGAACUCUAGCUGGAAUUCGACAGCCUGAAAUAAAGGUUCACCUCCAAUCAAACCUAAACUAUUUCUUCUAUCUAAGAGCAGUCAAUACCUUUGGAAUAAGUGAACAGAGUGAAGCUGCUCUGAUUUCAACAAAAGGAACAAGAUUUCAUAUAAUGAGAGAACUUGUUCAUCCUGCACUGCAAGUAUCACCCAAUGGAACCAUGAUAUCCCUUCCGGAUGAUGCGAAUCUCACUGGAAGCCCACCAGUGUUGGGUGAGCUCUUGCCUGCCCAAGGAUGGCAUUACUGGGAAAUCACCGUCAGUGAUUGUGGAGCUUACAAAGUUGGGAUCUGCUCUUCGACGCUCCUAGAAAGCAGCGACCUGGGACAGAAAAAUAAUUCUUGGUGCUUACAUUGCUCCAACAAAACAAGGUUAACCUUUCUGCACAAUGGCGAGAUCAGUGAAAUUAUGGUGACUGAACAGCCUGUCCGGAUUGGCAUCCUGCUAGACUACAGUACUGGAAGACUCCUAUUUCUCAAUGCAGAAAGAGGGCAGUUGCUCUCUGCUAUCAAGUACAGAUUCACUAAAGCAGCUUAUCCUGUUUUUGUACUGGAACAAUCAGGGUUUCUCAACCUGCAUACAGGCAUGGAAGUACCAGAAUUUGCAAAGCAAAGCUGAACAUUUUCUUCUGAAUCACAUACAAAUCAAAAAGAAAGAAA